GGUCUCGAAGCUGCGGCGCUGGACGCGGGGAGCAGGCUGGUCCUCUCCUUUCGCCGGCCUCUGGGUUUGAGGCCCCGAGGUCAGCUCCGCUCUCGGCUCCGCGCCCGGCGCGGGUGCGAGCCGCCAACUUCGGGCCAAUCAGCGCGCGGCGUCUCUGAGACCGCAGCGCCCCGGCCCGCGCCCCCCGCGCCCCCGCGGCAGCAAUGGCAGCAGCGGCCGCGGCGGCUCCGGGCUGAGCCAGACCCGGGACUAGGAGGGGCUGAGCCGCGGGGGAUCCUGGAAUCGGCGGGGAGGUGGGGAUUCUGGGAGGAAAACUCCAUUUCCUUCUUCCCUGCCGGCCUCUCCCCUCCACCCAGCACCCCAAAUUUCGAUGUGUCUCCUCCCGGGCGCAGAGCGCUGGUGCUGAGCGAGGCGGCGGCGGCCGCGGCCGGGAAAAUGCUGGGCAUGUACGUGCCGGACAGGUUCUCCCUGAAGUCCUCCCGGGUUCAGGACGGGAUGGGGCUCUACACGGCCCGCAGAGUGAGAAAGGGUGAAAAGUUUGGACCGUUUGCCGGAGAGAAGAGAAUGCCUGAAGACUUGGAUGAAAAUAUGGAUUACAGGUUGAUGUGGGAGGUUCGUGGGAGUAAGGGAGAAGUUCUAUACAUUUUGGAUGCUACCAAUCCACGACACUCCAACUGGCUUCGCUUUGUUCAUGAGGCACCAUCUCAGGAGCAGAAGAACUUGGCUGCCAUUCAAGAAGGAGAAAACAUUUUCUAUUUGGCAAUUGAAGACAUAGAAACAGAUACAGAACUUCUGAUUGGCUACCUGGACAGUGACAUGGAGGCUGAUGAGGAAGAACAGCAAAUUAUAACAAUGAUCAAAGAAGGGGAAGUUAAAAAUUCUAAAGGACAAUCAACAGCUGGCAGAAAAGAUUGCCUUGGCUGUAAAGAGGACUAUGCUUGUCCCCAGUGUGACUCGAGUUUUACCAGUGAGGAAAUUCUUGCUGAGCACCUUCAGACAUUGCACCAGAAACCUACAGAGGAGAAAGAAUUUAAGUGCAAGAACUGUGGGAAGAAAUUCCCAGUUAAGCAGGCUUUGCAAAGACACGUUCUUCAGUGCACAGCGAAAAGCAGUCUGAAGGAUUCUUCACGAAGUUUUCAGUGCUCUGUUUGCAAUUCUUCCUUCAAUUCAGCAUCGAGUUUUGAGCAGCACCAGGAGACUUGCCGGGGAGAUGCCAGGUUUGUGUGCAAGGCCGACAGCUGUGGAAAGAGGCUGAAGAGCAAGGAUGCCCUCAGAAGACACCAGGAAAAUGUCCAUGCUGGCGAUCCUAAGAAAAAGCUCAUAUGUUCAGUGUGCAAUAAAAAGUGUUCUUCAGCAUCAAGCCUACAGGAACAUAGAAAGAUUCAUGAGAUAUUUGAUUGUCAAGAAUGUAUGAAGAAAUUUAUUUCAGCUAAUCAGCUAAAACGUCAUAUGAUCACUCACUCAGAAAAGCGACCCUAUAAUUGUGAGAUUUGUAAUAAAUCUUUCAAGAGGCUUGAUCAAGUGGGCGCCCACAAAGUAAUACACAGUGAAGAUAAACCUUACAAAUGCAAGCUUUGUGGAAAGGGAUUUGCCCACAGAAAUGUUUACAAGAAUCACAAGAAGACCCAUUCUGAAGAGAGACCAUUCCAGUGUGAGGAAUGUAAAGCUUUGUUCCGGACCCCAUUUUCUUUGCAGAGACACCUUCUCAUACAUAACAGUGAGAGGACUUUCAAAUGCCAUCACUGUGAUGCUACCUUUAAAAGGAAGGAUACUUUAAAUGUUCAUGUCCAGGUGGUCCAUGAAAGACACAAGAAAUACAGAUGUGAGCUAUGUAAUAAGGCAUUUGUUACACCCUCAGUGCUUAGAAGUCACAAGAAAACCCAUACUGGAGAAAAGGAGAAAAUCUGCCCAUAUUGUGGCCAGAAAUUUGCCAGCAGUGGUACACUGAGAGUUCAUAUCCGUAGCCACACAGGUGAGCGGCCCUAUCAAUGCCCUUACUGUGAAAAAGGAUUCAGUAAAAAUGAUGGACUGAAGAUGCAUAUUCGUACCCAUACCAGGGAGAAACCUUACAAGUGCUCAGACUGCAGCAAAGCCUUCAGCCAGAAGCGAGGCCUGGAUGAGCACAAGAGGACGCACACCGGAGAAAAGCCUUUUCAGUGUGAUGUUUGUGACUUGGCUUUUAGCCUGAAGAAAAUGCUGAUCCGACACAAGAUGACUCACAAUCCCAAUCGUCCCCUGGCAGAAUGCCAGUUUUGCCAUAAGAAGUUUACAAGGAAUGACUACCUCAAAGUGCACAUGGACAAUAUCCAUGGCGAAGCUGACAGCUAAUGGUAGCUGUAAAGGAAUUAAACCGUUCAGAAGGGCUCCUAAUAUGAAACCCAGAUUUCUCUCACCUGAUUAGCAUAGCAGAAGUAGACAAAAGUAAUCCACUGGUCUCAUAGUUCUUAUUUGCCUACCUUUAGAGUUCGUAGGUGCAUAUGCAAAAAAAAAAAAAAAAAGGAAAGAAAGAAAUUCCUACUUUUACCAAAAAAUGGUACAAAUAGAAAAAAAACAACUUUGUAGCCUUGCAAAAUACUACUUAUGCUCUGUUUUAUAAAAUGGAAAAAGGACUCAUGGCUUUCCAUGUUGGCUACCUCUCUGUAAAGAAGUUUACUAACAUACUCUUUAUUAGGCCUUUUUAUUUUAUUGUUAUCUGUGUGUGUGCAUGCACGCACAUACUGGUUAUUACUGAUUUAUCCAGAAAGAAAUUAAUAUACCAAAAUAUUUCAUACAGAUGAGGAUAAGGUCAAGGGUUUUUAAAGUAUCAAGCAUGAUAUAGGAUAAAACUUGCUAUUUUGUGAAACAGACCAAAAGUUGAUGUUAUUUAUAGCUCUCUACAACAGGUCAGUUUAAAAUAAGGAAGUAUUUAAGAACUAAAGCAUCUAUUGAAAUAUUGCUCAUUUUAGAUAAUUCUUCGAAACAUUAUCUCCUCUAAUCACUUAGAUGCAGACAUUCAUGGUCUAUAGUACUUUCAUAAGAUCUUCAUAAAAAUGACCAUAUACCUUAAGUAUAUAUCAAGCUGAUUCUCCUAAGUUUAUACCAGUCAUCUUUAGAAAUUAACAAUAUACAAAUGCAUACAACUAAAAAUUAAAACGAAAUAGGCUCUCAAUAUUUGUUGACUGACAGGAGUGUCAGCACAUAGUGGCAUUGCAAUAUUAGUUAUGGUGAACCUAGCCUUUUAUCUUCUCAUUCCAUCAAAGUGCACAGAACAUGUUGGCACAGCUGUAAUAGAGUCCUCAGAGCAUUAACAUUCUGUUUCACAAAAGACGUUUUCCAGAAUCCAGGCAGUAGGUGAUUCUGAAACACUUUUGAAUUACCCUCAAUUGUUCUGUGUAAUUAGGAAUCCAGAAUAAAAAAUACAAAUCCAGCUAUUGUUAUGAUUGGAAUUAUCAUUGAUUAAGGGAAAUUGAAGCAAGAAGUGUAAUUUCUUCUGUUGGGUUAUAUUUCAAUAAAAUACUUGAGAGCAACAUACAAUGAGCAACUUGCUUUGGGGGAAGAUAUGAUAAGAUGCAUUAGUGAUGUCAGAAUAGCAUAAAGGAAUCCAAAAACCAGAAGAAAGUCAAAAUGAAGUCCAAAUCAUGAAUUUUUCUACUUAGAGCUCAAAGGAGAGGAAGUAUAACUUUAAGGAAAUUGGUUCCAACUUAAGAAGAAAGGUUAUCUGAAGACACAGUUCUUUGAAGUCAGGAAUCUUGUUUUAGAAUUAUGUUUUUGCUCAGUUCCAGUUUUAAAAAGAAGCAUAAAGAUUCAAUAUAGAGAUUUAAACUCUGUAAAAAUACUAAAUUUGAAACUCACCAGAGAUAAUGUUUAAAAAUAUAAAUCAGAUUAUAAUUUAGAAGAUAUCUAAGUAUGGUUAUAUGUAGCAUUUUUAUAUCUGAAAAUUAUAGACUGUAUUUUAUAAAAAUAGAUUUUGGUCUUGUUUCUCACUAUGUCAUUUGUUUCAACAGUAUAUUUUUAGAUCUAAAAUGUUUUCAAUUGAACACAACAGUGUGCUUAAUAUCAUUUGAAUAUAAAAGGCCAGCUGUAAAA